AUGUCAAUAGCCCUUUGCAUCCCCAAGGUGUGCACUGUUAAUGAUACAGCUGAUGUUGCAAUUCCCUCUUUCAUAGAUUACGAUCUAAACUUCUGCCGACUACCUAAUGACAAACCGUUUGUUGCUGCUGAUUACACUGCUUUUGUCAUAUUCUCCAUUAUCGGAUUGCUUGCCGUGAUCAGCACUUGCUACGAUCUCUAUCAGAGAUUUGGUGUCAAAA